AUGUUGUCCGCGCUCCUCGCGCUCGCCACCAGCAGCCGCUCGCUGCCGCCGCCGCCGCUCCAGUUCUCGGCACGCAUCGUAACGACUGCGCACCAGCUCAACGCCACCGACGACUACCCGCCGCGCACGCGCCAGCUCACCGUCUACUACGACUUUCCGGCGCGGCGCUCUCGCGUCGAUUACGACGGCGUGGCUCCGCACGAGCCUCCAAAGGCGUUCGUGCGACGAUACGACCUGCAGUUCGAGUGGAGCGUGCUCGAGCUGGGCGGCGAGAAGGCGUGCCAAAAGUCACGGCUGCGCGAGGCGAUGCCGAUGCCGCGGUGGCCGGAGGCGAUGAGGCUCGUGGGAGACGAGAUGGCGCGAGGCCGGCGGUGCGAGCGGUGGCGCGAGGACCACGGCGAGGAGGUGGUCGAGCUGCUCGUGGAGCGCGACGGCGGAGCGCCCGUCCGGCUGACCACACACAUCGUCGAUCCCUCCUCUCCAGACGGAGAGCGGAGCCCGCUGCUCUCGUACGAGGUGUUGGACUUUGAGCCGGCGGCGCCGCCCGAGGAGGCCUUCCGCAUGCUCGCUUCGUCCACCUCGCCCGUCUUCGAGGGCGCGGGCGCGCUGCGCGUGGAGCAAUGCGAGAGAGUGGCCCAGGAGAUGGGCUUCCCCUACAUCCACUUUCUGCACUCGUACUACUAUACGUGA